GGAUCUGACAGGGACACCGCAACUGUGCCCCGCCGCGAAAGUGAGGAGAGCGCGCAGAAGGUUAAAAACUCAGAGCCCCCCCACCCCAGGCGUCUCUGGAUGGAGGGCAGCGGUAGCGGCUGGCCGGCGCCCCCUUGUGGCGUGGGCAGUGGGGAGGAGAACAGCAGCGGGCGGGUCUUCGAGGUGGCGCUGCAGGGCCAGGGGGCCGGGGCCAACCGCAGCUCGCAGUUUGCGGACGUGGAGCUGCUGCAGUCCUUCAAGCCCCUGAUCAUCCCCUGCUACGCGCUGGUGGUGCUGGUGGGCUUCCUCGGCAACUACCUGCUCAUCUACGUCAUCUGCCGCACCCGCAAGAUGCACAACGUCACCAACUUCUUCAUCGGGAACCUGGCCUUCUCCGACAUGCUGAUGUGCGUGACCUGCGUGCCCUUCACGCUGGCCUACGCCUUCAACCCCCGCGGCUGGGUGUUCGGCCGCUUCAUGUGCUACCUGGUGUUCCUCAUCCAGCCUGUCACAGUCUACGUCUCCGUCUUCACCCUCACCGCCAUCGCCGUGGACAGGUACUACGCCACAGUGCACCCUCUGAAGAAGCGCAUCUCGGUGCUGGCCUGCACCUACGUGCUGUCGGGCAUCUGGCUGCUGUCCUGCGGGCUGGUGGCGCCGGCGGUGGCCCACACCUACCACGUGGAGUUCCGGGACGAGGGCUUCACCAUCUGCGAGGAGUUCUGGAUGGGGCAGGAGCGCGAGCGUCUGGCCUACGCCUACAGCACGCUGCUCAUCACCUACGUGCUGCCUCUGUCCGCCGUCUGCGGCUCCUACCUCUGCAUCUCCGUCAAGCUGCGCAACUGCGUGGUGCCGGGCCACCGCACGCAGCUGCAGGCCGAGGCGCAGCGCGCCCGCAAGCGCAAGAUCUUCCGGCUGGUGUCGCUGGUGGUGGCGGCCUUCGGCGUCUGCUGGCUGCCCAUCCACGUCUUCAACGUGCUGCGCGACAUCGACAUCCAGCUGAUCGACAAGCGCUACUUCCUGCUGAUCCAGCUGCUGUGCCACCUGUGCGCCAUGAGCUCGUCCUGCUGCAACCCCUUCCUGUACGCCUGGCUGCACGACCGCUUCCGCGCCGAGCUGCGCAAGAUGUUCACCCGCCGGCCGCGCAUCGGCAUCCCCGCCAACCACUGCGCCACCGCCAGCGUGGUGCUGUGA